GCUGCAAGGCAUCGAAAAAAGGAUAUAUAAAAAUCAAAAUCUAACGGUUGGAAAGAAAAGCAAAUAUGUGUUCGUAUUUACCUUAUGAUCAGUUACCGGAUCCGACGAAUAAAUUUGAAAUCUAUGAAGAAAUUGCGCAAGGUGUCAAUGCUAAAGUAUUUCGAGCAAAAGAGCUCGAAACUGAACGUGUUGUAGCUUUAAAAAUACAACAUUACGAUGAAGACCAUCAGACAUCGAUUGAAGAAGAAUAUCGCACUCUGCGAGACUAUUGUACUAAUCCAAAUUUGCCCGAAUUUUAUGGAGCAUAUAAAUUGGAAAAGGACGAAGGCCCUGAUGAAAUAUGGUUCGCCAUAGAGUAUUGCGGUGGCGGUACGGCGGUUGAUAUGGUUAAUAAGCUGUUGAAAAUGGAUCGACGCAUGCGCGAAGAACAUGUCUCUUUCAUUAUACGCGAAACUUGUCGGGCUGCUAUUGAAUUGAAUCGCAAUCAUAUUUUGCAUCGCGAUAUUCGUGGCGAUAAUAUUCUGGUGACCAAAGAUGGUCGGAUUAAAUUGUGCGAUUUCGGUUUAUCGCGUGAAGUCGAUUCAACUUUAGGCAAACGCGGCACUUGCAUUGGUUCACCAUGCUGGAUGGCUCCGGAAGUUGUCCAAGCCAUGGAGGCUAGGGAACCGGAGAUUACAUCGCGUGCCGAUGUUUGGUCUUUAGGUAUAACCACAAUUGAAUUAACUGAUGGUAAGCCCCCAUUUGCUGAUAUGCAUCCCUCGCGGGCUCUAUUUCAAAUUGUACGCAAUCCUCCGCCUACGUUGUUGCGGCCGACCAAUUGGUCGCAGCAAAUCAAUGAUUUCAUAGCCGAGUGCUUGGAAAAGAAUCCGGAAAAUCGGCCAAUGAUGGUGGAAAUGAUAGAACAUCCUUUCCUCAAUGAACUCUUUGAUAAUGACGAUGAGAUGAAGGCAGAUAUAAGAGAAAUAUUAAAUGUCUGCCGUGAUGCAGGCACGUUAUACAAGGAACCUGAAAUAUUUGUAGAUCGUGGCUAUAUAAAGCGUUUCGAUGGAAAACCGGAACGCAUGUACCCUGAAGAUUUGGCAGCUGUUGAAAAUCCUACUGAAGAAAUUAUUCUAGACAUCCUACGGAGUCGUGUCGAGAGCAGCAACACUUAUUCAUUUAUCGGUGAUGUCUUGCUUUCGAUUAACACUAACGAUUAUCAAGAGCAACUUGACGAUGCUUUUCAUGCCAAAUAUGCGUGUAAGUCGCGGUCCGAAAACUCUCCUCACAUAUUUGCCGUUGCGGACACAGCGUUCCAGGAUAUGCUGCAUCACAAAGAGCCACAACACAUUGUGCUGUCGGGUGAAAGCUAUUCGGGAAAAUCAACUAACGUGCGGAUGCUUAUUAAGCACUUAUGCUACUUGGGUGCAGGUAAUCGUGGUGCCACUGAAAGGGUGCAAAAUUCUAUCAAAAUCAUCCUAAUGCUGGUUAAUGCCGGCACGCCCAUCAAUAAUGAUUCGACAAGGUGUGUUCUACAAUAUUAUUUGACUUUUGGUAAAACGGGUAAGAUGAGCGGAGCCGUCUUCAAUAUGUAUAUGCUGGAGAAGAUGCGCGUCUCCACUACCGACAUGAAUCAACACAAUUUCCAUAUUUUCUAUUAUUUCUAUGAUUAUAUGAAUUCUGAGGGUUUACUUAAAGAGUAUAAUUUGAAAUCCGAGCGUGGCUAUCGUUAUUUACGUGUACCAGCGGAAAUGCAGCCAACGAAAUUAAAAUAUCAUCGCGAUGAUCCUAAAGGCAAUGUGGAAAAGUAUCGCGAAUUUGAAACAAUCUUACAAGAUUUGGAUCUGAAUCGUAAGCAUUUGGAAACCAUCCGCAAGAUAUUCGCUGCCAUUCUAAAUAUUGGUAACAUCCGCUUCCGACAAUCGGGUAAAUACGCUGAAGUUGAAAACACCGAAAUGGUUACACGUAUAGCAGAGUUGCUUAGAGUAGAUGAAAAGAAAUUCAUGUGGUCAUUAACCAAUUUCAUAAUGGUCAAGGGUGGCGUUGCCGAAAGACGUCAGUAUACAUCGGAAGAGGCACGUGACGCACGUGAUGCCGUAUCUUCGACUAUAUAUUCACGUUUGGUCGAUUGGAUCAUUAAUAAGAUCAACAUGAACAUGGCAUUCCCAAGAGCUGUAUUCGGUGACAACAAUACCGUUGUAAUUCAUGACUUAUUCGGCUUUGAAUGUUUUCACCGCAACGGUUUAGAGCAAUUAAUGAUCAACACUUUGAAUGAGCAAAUGCAAUAUCACUAUAAUCAACGCAUUUUUGUAAACGAAAUGCUUGAGAUGGAAGCUGAAGAUAUAACAACAACUAAUUUAAAUUUCUACGAUAAUAAAACCGCUUUGGAUAAUUUGCUUACUAAGCCAGAUGGUCUGUUUUAUAUAAUCGAUGAAGCGUCCCGAAUGAGCCAAGAUCAAGAUUUGAUUAUAGAUCGUGUUAGUGAGAAGCAUAGCCAGUUUGUUAAAAAGCACACUGCCACUGAGAUCAGUGUGGCUCAUUACACCGGUCGUAUUAUUUACGAUACACGAGCAUUUGUUGAUAUAAAUCGUGAUUUUGUACCACCGGAAAUGAUUGAAGCAUUUCGUUCAUCGUGCGAUGAAAAUUUUAUGGUCAUGUUUACCAAUCAGCUAACUAAAGCCGGCAAUUUAACAAUGAAUUUCGAAUCGGUACAGCAUAAAGCCGAUGAUACGCAGAGGCGUUCGUAUAAUUUGAAUACUUUAUCGUGUGGCGUUAUAUCGCAAGUUAACAAUUUGCGCACUUUAUCGGCCAAUUUCCGUUUCACAUGCUUAACCUUACUCAAGAUCCUAAAUCAAAAUAGCAAUUUAGGUGUGCAUUUUGUGCGUUGCAUACGCGGCGAUUUAGAAUAUAAACCGCGAAAUUUUCACGGCGAUAUGGUGCAACAACAAAUGAAAGCUUUAGGUGUCGUAGAUACCGUUAUAGCCCGGCAACAAGGUUACUCGUGUCGUAUCACAUUCGAGGAGUUUCUAAAGCGUUAUCAAUUUUUGGCUUUCGAUUUUGAUGAGACUGUCGAUAUAAAUCAAGAAAAUUGUCGUUUGUUAAUGAUACGUUUAAAAAUGGAAGGCUGGAAUUUGGGAAAAAGCAAAGUUUUCCUACGUUAUUACAAUGAUGAAUUUUUAGCCAGACUGUAUGAAGUUCAAGUGAAACGCGUCAUCAAAGUUCAGUCUAUGAUCAGAUCGUUACUGGCUAGAAAGCGGGUUAAGGGCGGCAAAGGAGCCAAAGGUGGAAAAGGUGUAGCCGUGAAAGACGAGGCCGCUUUAAAAAUACAAAAAGCCUAUCGCAGUUAUCGUUCCACCGGACGUUACCCACCUUUGGUCAAUGAGAAGACUGGUGUAUUAAAUAACGAGACUGCCGAAUUCUUACGACCUUUUGCACGCAAAUGGCGUGAGAAAUCCCUAUAUCAAGUGCUAUUGCAUUACAGAGCGGCACGAUUUCAAGAUUUUGUUAAUUUAUGCCAACAGGUUCAUAUAUAUAACCAACGUAUUGUAGCUGGUUUGAAUAAAUGUACACGUGCCGUACCAUUUGAUCGCAUUAAUACACGUGAAGUGCAUUCAUCACAAUUGGGACCCAUGCCGGUAGCUUUACGUAAACUGCCUCUACGUUUGGAUCAGAUACCUUUCUAUGAUACUCAGUAUAUGGUUGAUCCGGCCAACUCAUUAACACGCCAAAUAAACAUCAUCACAUCGCCUUUAAAACCGUUAGAUGAGGAAGAAGAUUGGGACAGUCCAUUGCAACGUAAUCCAUCCAUGACUUCAUGUUUAUUAACCUAUAACGCUUACAAGAAAGAACAAGCAUGUCAAACAAAUUGGGAUCGCAUGGGUGAAAGUGACGCCAUAUACAAUCAAAAUUUCUAUAGAGAUCCGCAUACGUUGAAAAGAAAUCAAAUGCAAAUGCAAAUGAACGCCUACAGCAAUUACAAUAUGUACAAUAGCAACAGUAACUUUAAUAGUAAUUAUAAUAGCAAUUAUAAUCAAGGGCCGCCGCAACAAACGUGGGAUCCUAAUCGUCAAAGUAUGAGGCGAAGUUCUUUGAAAAAUUAUGCAGCGCCACCGCCACCACCGAUGCCACCGAUGAAUCCUAUGUAUCGAAAUGAAAGAGAAAGAACGCCGAUGAAUAGACCACAACACCAUCAACAACAACAACAGCGCAAUACGUAUAUUACCUCACCCUCGGAUCCAGUACGAGAACUACAAGACAUCAUUAAUAGACGUAGCUUCGAUAAUGAUGAGAAUUCGGACGAGCCGCCUUUCAAUUUUAAAGCCAUGCUACGUAAGACAAAUUAUCCACGAACCGAAGCAUCGAGUACUGUUUAUGAAUUUAAUCGCUUCGAAGAUCGUAACCAUCAAGAUCAAUUCACAUUUCAACAGCCUAAACUGCGUAGCACAGGUAACAAACGUUUUGAUGAAAGCACCAGUACAAGCACAUCAAAUUAUGCUGCCUCAAAUAAAUUUAGUCAACGUAAUCCACCUUUAAAAGAAUCCAUGGAUAACAAAUCAUCGUCCGUGGGGCGUUCGUUCGAUAAUAAUACUGCCGCUAAAUCAUUUGAGGAAGCUGGCAGUUAUGUGGACGAAGAAAUAGCACCGGGUGUAACCAUAACCGGUUAUGCUGUUGACAUUUAGAUAACAAAAUCCUGA